AUGAGGCUACUAUCAGCGUGUGCCGUGCUUGUGCUGACGAUAGUCGCCGCUAGCCGGGCGGAAAUUACUCGCCUGGAAGAUAUUAACUGGGCCGAGGUACGCCCGGUGCAGGAGAGCCCUCGGUUUAAGGCGAACCGUGCGUCUAGCUUUGUUGAUCGGUUUUUGGUCAAUUUUGAACCGGUACAACCGUUACCAUCGCCGGUGCGCAGUAACCGUAUCAACAAUGGCGUCGUCGUGGGUCCUACCGAUGUGCCGUACAUCGUCGGUGUGCUCGUGUCGGUCGAGCAUGGAACGUACUUCUGUGGCGGUGUCCUAGUGUCCGCCUCGCACGUCCUUACUUCAGCUACCUGCGUUGAGGGACAAUCGUCGAUCACGAUACUGCUUGGUGCGAGUGAUAUUACCCGUGCGCAGGACUUCAUUCUCGUCAGUCAUGUACGGGUACAUCCGGAUUUCAGUUCCUUCUUCCAAGCGAACGAUUUGGCCAUACUGACCCUUUCCCGGGAGCCACGAUUUAACGAACAAAUUCAAAUUGCACGUCUUCCACGUCGUGCUCAGGUCGGUGAAUCGUUCGCUAAUGCGUGGACCACGAUCAGUGGGUGGGGUGAGACGGCUUCCAACACUGGCGAGGCUCUACCGAUGCAACAGCUACGUUCCGUUCGCUCGCAGGUGAUCUCAAACUUUAGCUGUACGAUCAGCUUUCCACUUUACCUGAGAUCUUCCAAUGUUUGCACCUCGUCGGAUGGUGGUGCGCCCUGUGUGGGUGAUGAAGGUGGUCCAGUAACGAUUGUCGAGGAGGAUGGACAGUCCACGGUGAUUGCAAUCCAUUCGUACACGUACUCCCGAGGAUGCACUCGUAGCUGGCCAGCAGUUCAUACGCGCGUCACCGACUAUCUCAACUGGAUCGAGAUCUACACCGGAGCUAACAUUCGAGCAUAGAGCG